AUGGCGCUCAGCGGCUUCUGCAGCGCCGAUGGUUCCGACCCCUUCUGGGAUUGGAACAUCACGUGGCACACCAGCAACCCCGACUUCACCAAGUGCUUUCAGAACACCGUCCUUGUGUGGGUGCCUUGUUUUUACCUCUGGGCCAUCUUCCCCUUCUACUUCCUCUAUCUUUCCCACCAUGACCGGGGCUACAUUCAGAUGACACAUCUCAACAAAACCAAAACUGCCUUGGGGUUUUUGCUGUGGAUUGUCUGCUGGGCAGACCUCUUCUACUCUUUCUGGGAAAGAAAUUGGGGCAACUUCCCAGCCCCGGUGUUUCUGGUCAGCCCAACCCUCUUGGGCAUCACCAUGCUGCUUGCUACCUUUUUAAUUCAGCUCGAGAGAAGGAAGGGAAUCCAGUCCUCAGGGAUCAUGCUCACAUUCUGGCUUAUAGCCCUCCUCUGUGCCCUCGUCAUCUUGAGAUCCAAAAUCAUGACUGCCUUAAAAGAGGAUGCCAACGUCGACGUGUUUCGGGAUGUCACGUUCUACAUUUACUCCUUCCUCGUGCUGAUUCAGCUCGUGCUGUCCUGCUUCUCAGACCGCUCGCCCCUGUUCUCAGAAACCAUCAACGACCCUAAUCCUUGCCCGGAGUCUGGGGCGUCCUUCCUUUCCAGGAUCACCUUCUGGUGGAUCACAGGGCUGAUGGUCCGGGGCUACCGCCAGCCCCUGGAGAGCACUGACCUCUGGUCCCUCAACAAGGAGGACAAGUCAGAACAAGUUGUGCCCGUUCUGGUCAAGAAUUGGAAGAAGGAAUGUGCCAAAUCCAGAAAGCAGCCAGUGAGGAUCGUGUACUCCUCCAAGGAUCCCUCCAAGGACCCCGCCAAGCCCAAAGGGGGCUCCAGGGUGGAUGUGAGCGAGGAGGCGGAGGCGCUGAUUGUCAGGGGCCCCCAGAAGGCGCGGGAGCCGUCCCUGUUCAAGGUGCUGCACAAGACCUUCGGGCCCUACUUCCUCAUGAGCUUCCUCUACAAGGCCCUGCACGACCUCAUGAUGUUCAUCGGCCCGGAGAUCUUGAGGUUGCUCAUCAACUUUGUGAACGACAAGGAGGCCCCGGCCUGGCAGGGCUACUUCUACACGGCGGUCCUGUUCCUCAGCGCCUGCUUCCAGACCCUCAUGCUGCACCAGUACUUCCACAUCUGCUUCGUCAGCGGCAUGAGGGUCAAGACCGCCGUUAUCGGUGCCGUCUACCGGAAGGCCCUGCUGAUCACCAAUUCCGCCAGGAAGUCCUCCACGGUCGGGGAGAUCGUCAACCUCAUGUCGGUGGACGCCCAGAGGUUAAUGGACCUGACCACGUACAUUAACAUGAUCUGGUCAGCCCCUCUGCAAGUCAUCUUUGCGCUCUACUUUCUGUGGCUGAACCUGGGCCCCUCCGUGCUGGCCGGCGUGGCUGUGAUGAUCCUCAUGGUGCCCCUGAACGCCGUGAUGGCCAUGAAGACCAAGACCUACCAGGUGGCCCACAUGAAGAGCAAGGACAGCCGGAUUAAGCUGAUGAAUGAAAUUCUCAACGGGAUCAAAGUGCUGAAGCUUUACGCCUGGGAGCUGGCGUUCAAAGACAAGGUGCUGGCCAUCCGGCAGGAGGAGCUGAAGGUGCUGAAAAAGUCUGCCUACCUGGCCGCCGUGGGCACCUUCACCUGGGUCUGCACACCUUUCCUGGUGGCCCUGUCUACUUUUGCCGUCUACGUGACUGUCAAAGAGACCAACGUCCUGGAUGCCCAGAAAGCCUUCGUGUCCUUGGCCUUGUUCAACAUCCUUCGUUUCCCCCUGAACAUUCUCCCCAUGGUCAUCAGCAGUAUUGUGCAGGCGAGUGUCUCCCUCAAACGCCUCAGGAUCUUUCUGUCCCACGAGGAGCUGGAUCCAGACAGCAUCGAGCGACAGCCCAUCAAAGACGGCGGGGGCUCGAGCAUCACUGUGAGGAACGCCACCUUCACGUGGGCCAGGAGCGACCCCCCCACGCUGAAUGGCAUCACCUUCUCCGUUCCAGAAGGUUCCCUGGUGGCCGUGGUGGGCCAGGUGGGCUGUGGAAAGUCAUCUCUCCUGUCAGCGCUCUUGGCCGAGAUGGACAAGGUGGAAGGGCACGUGGCCAUCAAGGGCUCGUUGGCCUACGUCCCCCAGCAGGCCUGGAUUCAGAACGAUUCUCUCCGAGAAAACAUCCUUUUCGGACGCCAGCUCCAGGAAAGUUACUACAAGUCUGUGAUAGAAGCCUGUGCCCUCCUCCCAGACCUGGAAAUCCUGCCCAGCGGGGACCGGACGGAGAUUGGUGAGAAGGGCGUGAACCUGUCCGGGGGCCAGAAGCAGCGCGUGAGCCUGGCCCGGGCCGUGUACUGUGACUCCGACGUCUACCUCUUCGACGACCCGCUGUCGGCGGUGGAUGCCCAUGUGGGAAAGCACAUAUUUGAACAUGUGAUCGGUCCCAAGGGGAUGCUGAAGAACAAGACCCGGCUCCUGGUCACGCAUGGCAUCAGCUACCUGCCACACGUGGAUGUCAUCAUCGUCAUGAGUGGCGGCAAGAUCUCCGAGAUGGGCUCCUACCAGGAGCUGCUGGCCCGGGACGGGGCCUUCGCCGAGUUCCUGCGCACAUACUCCAGCGCUGAGCAGGAGCAGCCGGAGCAGGACGAAGGAUUAGCAGGCGUGAGCGGUCCGGGGAAAGAGACGAAGCAGAUGGAGAAUGGCAUGGUGGUGACGGACGCUGUCAGGAAGCAACCGCAGAGGCAGCUCAGCAACUCCUCCUCUUACAGCGGGGACACCGACCUGCAGAAGGCUGGGGCCAAGGAGGAGACCUGGAAGAUGAUGGAGGCCGACAAGGCUCAGACCGGGCAGGUCAAGCUCUCCGUGUACUGGGACUACAUGAAGGCCAUUGGACUCUUCAUCUCCUUCCUGAGCAUCUUCCUUUUCCUGUGUAACCACGUCGCCGCCCUGUCCUCCAACUACUGGCUCAGUCUCUGGACCGAUGACCCCAUCGUCAACGGGACCCAGGAGCACACCAAAGUCCGGCUGGGCGUCUAUGGAGCCCUGGGCAUCUCUCAAGGGAUCGCUGUGUUCGGCUACUCCAUGGCGCUGUCCAUCGGAGGCAUCUUCGCCUCCCGCCGCCUGCACCUGAACCUGCUGCACAACGUCCUGUCGUCGCCCAUGAGCUUCUUCGAGAGGACGCCCAGCGGCAACCUGGUGAACCGCUUCUCCAAGGAGAUGGACACGGUGGACUCCAUGAUCCCGCAGGUCAUCAAGAUGUUCAUGGGCUCCCUGUUCAACGUCAUCGGCGCCUGCAUCAUCAUCCUGCUGGCCACUCCCGUCGCCGCCGUCAUCAUCCCGCCCCUGGGCCUCAUCUACUUCUUCGUCCAGAGGUUCUACGUGGCCUCCUCCCGGCAGCUGAAGCGCCUCGAGUCCGUCAGCCGCUCCCCGGUUUACUCCCACUUCAACGAGACCUUGCUGGGGGUCAGUGUCAUCCGGGCCUUCGGGGAGCAGGAGCGCUUCAUCUGCCAGAGUGACCUGAAGGUGGACGAGAACCAGAAGGCCUAUUACCCCAGCAUCGUGGCCAACAGGUGGCUGGCUGUGCGGCUGGAGUGUGUGGGCAACUGCAUUGUCCUGUUUGCAACCCUGUUUGCAGUGAUCUCCCGGAACAGCCUCAGCCCCGGCCUGGUGGGCCUCUCAAUAUCUUACUCGUUACAGGUCACCACCUACCUCAACUGGCUUGUUCGGAUGUCGUCGGAGAUGGAGACCAACAUUGUGGCUGUGGAGAGACUCAAGGAGUAUUCAGAGACUGAAAAGGAGGCUCCCUGGCGGCUCCAGGAGAUGACUCCGGCCAGCACCUGGCCCCAGGUGGGCCGUGUGGAAUUCCGGGACUACAGCCUGCGUUACCGAGAGGACCUGGACAUGGUUCUCAAGCACAUCAACAUCACCAUCGAAGGAGGUGAAAAGGUUGGCAUCGUGGGGCGGACGGGAGCCGGGAAGUCAUCCCUGACCCUGGGCUUGUUUCGGAUCAAGGAGUGUUCCGAAGGAGAGAUCAUUAUUGACGACGUCAACAUCGCCAAAAUCGGCCUGCACGAUCUCCGCUUCAAGAUCACCAUCAUCCCCCAGGACCCCAUCUUGUUUUCGGGGUCUCUUCGCAUGAACCUGGACCCGUUCAGCCAGUACUCGGACGAAGAGGUCUGGACGUCGCUGGAGCUGGCUCACCUGAAGAACUUCGUGUCCGCGCUUCCCGACAAGCUGAACCACGAGUGCACGGAGGGCGGGGAGAACCUGAGUGUUGGGCAGCGCCAGCUCGUGUGCCUGGCCCGGGCCUUGCUGAGGAAGACGAAGAUCCUGGUGUUGGAUGAGGCCACGGCGGCCGUGGACCUAGAAACCGAUGACCUCAUUCAGUCCACCAUCCGAACACAGUUCGAAGAUUGUACUGUCCUCACCAUCGCUCACCGUCUCAACACCAUCAUGGACUACACCAGGGUGAUCGUCCUGGACAAAGGAGAGAUCCGGGAGUGCGGCGCCCCCUCCGAGCUCCUGCAGCAGAGAGGCCUGUUCCACAGCAUGGCCAAAGACGCCGGCCUGGUGUAA